AUGAAGGUCAUUUGUGCCGGUUUGAGUAAAACAGGCACGAAAACAUUGGCUAAAGCUUUGAGAAUCUUAGGCUACACCGUGUAUGAUUAUUUUGAACACCGAAACUUUCAUGCAAAUGAGUGGCGCGCUAUUCUCUGCGAGGGUAAAGAUCCUGAUUUUAUCGCCAUGUAUAAAGAUGUCGACGCUGUAACAGAUAUCCCAGCGGCGGAUUGGUUUCAGGAAAUCUACGAAGCUUUUCCUGAUGCAAAAGUCGUUCUUUCUCUACGAGAUAACGACGAGGUUUGGGUGAAGAGCUUUUCUAAGCAGGUUGAAAUCUUGACGACUUAUGGUGGAUUUGUAAACAGAGUCUCUCUUCUUUGGCUGAGACCGAUUCUUGGUGUGAUAUCCGCCCCGAGUAAAGCAGCUGAAACAUGGAAGAAAUCAACUUUCGUUCAACUGGUCGUAAGGGCCUGCUAUGGUAGCUUUAAUUCGAAGUCGACGUCACUUUUUAAGAAGAAAUACCGUGAGCACAACGAGAGAGUACAAGCUGUUAUUCCGAAGGAAAGACUGCUAAUCUACAACGUGAAACAAGGCUGGAAACCUUUGUGCAAGUUCCUUGAAUGUGACGUGCCUGAAGAAGAAUUUCCAAGGGAAAAUGUCGCAUUAUCUACCACCCACCAAGCAAUUUCAGCCGAACUUGAAAAAGUAAAACGGAAGUUAUUUAUCGUGCUGGCGAUUUGUGCGCUUCUUGCAUGUCUAUUUUAUUUAGUGUUUUUUCAUAGGAGCGAUAGCGAUUUUUGAAACUUAGAAUUGAA